UGGACGGAUGCUGUUAUACCAUAAUUAUUUGCUGGAUGAUUAGCUGGCUGGCUGGCUGCUGCCGUUGGGGCGGGCUGUAUGACUACGUAAGCAUGGCUGGAUGGCUGGAUGGCUGGAUGGCUGGGCGGACGGGAUGGAUGGAUGGACGGCGGCGAUAUGGGCGAUUGGGCGAUAACAUGGGGUGCUUGCUUGCUUGCUUGUUGCUGUUUACUGCUGCUGCUGUUCUUUGUUCUUGGUGGGUGUGAAGGGAUGGCGUGGGUUAAAAUAAGGGGGUUUGUGCUUAAGCUGCUUCUUCUUCUUCUUCUUUUUGCGCAUAUUAUAACUAUGGAAGCUUUGUUUGCUGUUGCUGACGCUGCUGCGGUGGGAGAGUGGGGUGGGAUUGGAUUGGGGUUUCGUUUUGUGCUUCUUUCUUGGGUCUGGCUUUUCUCUUAUUUUUUAUUUUUUGUGGUUUGGUUUUAUUUUGGGUGUGUGUAUGAUUGAUUGAUUGAUUGUAGUAGGUAUGUAACAGUAGUAACAAUAGUGACUAGUUAGCAGUGCAGUGCAAUAGCAGUUAGUGAUUGCGGAGAGCCUCCGGCGCGGAGAUCGGCGGUACAGUAC